CUAGCGGCCCGUCCCUCUCCCCUCCCUCCUCCGCCUCCCGUCCCUCUCUCCUCCCUCCCCAGGUCCCUCCUUCCCUCGUCACCGGCGCUGUAUAAAUCCCCUGCCCCGGCGGAUCCCCCCACCGCGGGAGACCCUGGUACUUUGGCCCCCGGGGCGGGAUCCUGCCGCCGCCUGCGGACCGCUGGGACUUUGCGCUCCCGCCGCUGACCCCUUCUCGCUCUCGCCCUCCCUCCCGCGCACGCUUCCCACCGGCCUCUUCCCUUCGCAACCGGGGGGCCAGGAUGUCGGAAAAACGCGUUGAGGAGGCACCGGCGGAGCUGAGCGCUAAGGAAAGGAAAGAAAAGAAGGAAAAACUCGAAGAGAAAGCAGUCCACAAAGAAAAGAAGAAGGAGAUAGUAGAGGAUGAGGAGAACGGAGCUGACGAGGAUGAUGAAGAGAAUCCCGAUGAUGUGGAUGAAGACGAAGGUGGUGAUGAGGAGGAAGAAGCAGAUGAGAAUGGGCAGGAGCAGGAUGGCCACGCAGAGAAACGAUCUGCAGAGGAGGAGAAGGAUGAAGUGGAUCCAAAGAGACAGAAGACAGAAAAUGGCUCUAAAGCUUGAGUCCUCCCCUCCCAUCUCCCCUGUUCCGUCCAUCUCUCCUCCUCCAUUCCAGCCUGUGCUUGCACUGCCCGUUAGCCUCUGGCUUCACACAAUCUCAGAUGAGGAAAGAUUAGAAACGCUCUCAGACGGGAAGACAGCAGUUCCCUUCUCACCCAAAGACCUGGCCCGUCCAUGACAUCAUUCCCCAGCUGAAUUAUCCCCGUCCCUGCAUCCCUUCACUGCACCCCACCUCCCAGUGCUCCUCUUCCCUCAAGAAUCUCAUGGUUUCCUGGGCACACAACCUCGCCAGGCGCUUCACGUGGCAAAGCCCCUCCCGUCCCCUUGUCACCUGUCCCCUUGUCACCUGCCCGCCUGUUUUUGUCACUGGUGUGAGAUUCUUGAGCGCUCCCGCCCCCCGGCCCUGCUGCCCGAGCUCCUCCCUGAGCCAGGAGGUGUGGGCACAGAUCUCUCUCAUGGUGCGUUCCCCGGCCCCAGGCCUCUUCUCAUCCUGCAGCUUUCCCGCUGAACCCUGAGAGACAAAGAAUAUUACAAGCAAAUAAUGGUUCUAUUAGCAACACACGGAGACAGGAUUUAUUUUAAGCUUUUUUUUUUUUUCCAAGUUUACAUGACAGCAAGCUGGCCCUCGUGAAUUUUUUGGAAGAUAAGGGUUGCUUUUAUAUAUGAAUUUCAUCUGAGCUGUGUAUUUUUUUAAUUUGGAGGCUUUUUUAAAACAAAUCAAGAGAGACACAAUUGGGGACCAAACUUGAUUUCCAUUUUUUCCCUUUCAGAUUUUUCUUGUGACCAUUUUUUGUAAAUUAACGGCAAUAUAGCCACAGCGUUUUCUAUGGCACAGACAUCACGAGGAUGAUAGAUAUAAAUAUAUAUAUUGUUUUCAACAAGCACUGUAAAUAAAAGCGUUUAAAAAUGUUUCAAA